UGUUCAGUUUAUUCGCCGAUUUUGAUGAAAACGGACGUUGGCUGCUGGCUCCGCGUUGUUUCGCCCAAUAAAUUCGUAAAAAACACACGCAAAACGCUAACAAAGUGACAUAGUGCCAAACUAUAGCUAGUGAACCGUGCAAAAAGCAUGGAAAGCAAUCUUUAAGAGUGUUUGAAACAGACGCAAGUGCAAAUUGCGGGCUUUUUAUGUGGCCGUCGCAGAAUGUGUGGCACAAAGCGGAGGCCCAAAACGAACGUGCGAGCGCCUAAAACGCAGAUAAAUGUAAAUAAAUAAACGUGUGACGACGUUAUAAUUGUGAAGAGUCAACAAACACGCCAGUUGGCUUGUGAAUAGUGAGUGAAAUCUGGCUACUGGAAAACAAGGCACAACAAAACCCACUUCCGCACUGACUACGAUGGGCGAAGGUGUUCCCAUUUUCAGAAUUCUUAUCGGGCAACGACUGAAGUAUGAUUGAGUUGGCCUCGCCUCCGAUUCGCGGCUGGUUGUGGGUUCAGGUGGACCUUUGAUGGUCUAGUGCGAUUGGGUGGAGGCCAGGUAAUGGAACAUGCCCGUGGAUAUGCAUAAGAACGUAUCAGUUCAAGUCGAUAGUGAUUUUGCCUUAUUGCUACCCAGUGGAGUUUAUGAAAUCAAGAAAAUGGAACCGCGCUCCAAAAUACGAACAAUCAUUGUAUUUUGUCUAUUUCUGGCCAUCGCCGGCAUUAUCGGAUUCGGAUACUUUUGUCAAGAUCAGGUAUGCGCACUAUCCAAACGCGCCGUGAUACUGCAAUCCUCGGAUAUGCUCGCCUACAAUGAGCUCCCACUCCAUCAGGCCAACAGCAUUAAUGGCAACAAUGUGGGCGGGAUUACGGCCAUGGCCUCGAAGUCCUCUGCCCCGCAGAACAUCAUCGCCAAUGCCGGGCUGAGCUACGAGGAUGUGCUGAACGAUGAUUUCCAGUUCGACAUGGAUGGCCACGACGUGAUGGUCUUCCUGCACAUCCAGAAGACGGGCGGCACCUCGUUUGGCCGCCAUUUGGUGAGGGAUCUGGACCUGAAGCGUCCCUGCGAAUGCCAGCGGCAAAGGAAGCGCUGCUACUGCUUCCGACCGCAUCGCAACGAGAACUGGCUCUUCUCCCGCUACUCGACGGGCUGGAAGUGCGGCCUGCACGCCGACUGGACCGAGCUGACCAGCUGCGUGGACGUGGAGCUGGACAAGAACGAGGGCGAGACGGCCAAGCGGCGCUACUUCUACAUCUCGCUGCUGCGGCAGCCCAUUGCCCGCUACAUGUCAGAGUACCGGCAUGUGCGGCGAGGGGCCACCUGGAAGGGAUCACGGCACUGGUGCCUGGGUCGCCAGGCCACCGCGGCCGAGCUGCCCGCCUGCUACAAGGGCAAGGACUGGCUGGACGUGGACCUGGACCAGUUCGCCGGUUGCGAGUCCAAUUUGGCGGCCAAUCGGCAGACCCGCAUGCUGGCGGACCUCGCCCUCGUCGGCUGCUACAACAAGUCCUCGAUGAACGCCCAUGAGCGGGAUCGCGUGAUGCUGGCCAGCGCAAAGCGCAAUCUGGCCGCCAUGGCCUACUUUGGACUGACUGAAUAUCAAAAGAUGUCCCAGUACAUAUUUGAGGAGACCUUCAACCUGCGCUUCGCCAUUCCCUUCGAGCAGCACAAUACCACAAUCUCGGCGACUGCUGUCCAGAAUCUUCGACCCGACCAGAAGCGUCGCAUCGAGAAGCUCAAUGGCCUGGACAUUGAGUUGUAUGCCUUCGCCAAGACUUUGCUCUUUCAGCGUUUCGAACAUCUGAAGGCAAAGGAUACUAACUUUGAGCAGCGCUAUGCCAACCUGGGCAACAUCUACUUCAAGCAGGGCGUCACGGAAUUCAACUGGGACAGCAAUGUGGAUGAUGGACUCAGCUCGGAUCAUUGAACUCCAAACCAAAUAUUACCGAUUAGAAACUAGAUGUAGGACACACAAACUCAUAAAUAUGUAGCUGGGCAGGGCAGAAUAGAGGGGUGAUCAGUAAGGUUACCAAAACGCAGAAGCAUCAGCAUAAAAAUCAACCGAAGGACUUUAAACUAGCGUCUAAGCAUAAUGUUAAUUAAGCAGAUAAAAACAUCUAGCGGACUUGGCUUGUUUCAUUCAUAAGUAACACAACUAAAGGGCAGAUGAGCGAAAUCUCAGAGCGCAUAUUAUCUCUAAACCUAAUCCUAAGCACAACUAUAAAAUCUAUGACCAUAAAUGUACUCCUUGCUGAUAAGUCGCAACCCGAAAACCUAGGGAAAUGUAAAUACUUUGCAUACUAUGUGUAUUUUAUGAAAGCGAAAUCCCUUUCAAAACAUUGUGAGGUGCAACCACACUCGAAUUCAAUUUUCACCCUCACACCACAUCGCCAUAAAUUAGAUUAAUUAAUUACCUUUAAGCUCAUAGCCUUUCGUUUAUUGUUACGCCAAGUCUCUGCAAAGCCAAAUCCACACAUAAUUUAAGUGUAUAGUGCUUGGAAAAUGUUUUCGAUCCAAUAACGCAUUUAUUUUAUUUUAAUACUUAGACAUCACUGUAAAUACUGCAGAAUAAAGUUAAACAUAAAUACACAUUUAAUAAGAGCAUAGAAA